AUGGAGCAGGUCCACGGCGUCGACGUCAGUUGGAUGACGCAGGGCUCGCCACGAGACAAGCAGCUUCGACCGUCGACGUCGCCACCGAACGAUUCCUCUCCCGCCCGGCCGCGAUCGAUUCCCACUUCGUCCCUGAGUGCCCGCAAUCCGCAGGGCACGUCGGAGGUGGCGGAUAGGGUCCAGGCAAACGGCCAGCCGGGACGGAGCCCAUCCAGCACGAGCGGCACAUCAACCGUGAGACGAAUGUCGCGAUCGGGCUCGAUGGACAAGCAGCAGGGGGGCUACGGAACGUCACCGCAACGGCGCAACUCCUGGUUCUCCACCAUAUCCGCCAAGUUCUCCAGCAGCUCCUCGCCCGCCAGCUCAGUCUCGCACCACCACUCUCUCCACCACCUCCAUCUGAGAGAGGCGCAGGAUCAGGAGGAGAGCGGUCAAGAGUUGCCGCCGCAAUAUCUGGACCAGCCUUCCCUGUCCUACCCGGCCGACCAGCCACCACCGAAGCUGCACCCGAACAGAAACGCCGUCCUCCAGCAUGCCGCGAAGCCGGACGGCAACGGCCCAUACACGCCCGCCCCGCCCAAGUCGGCCCAAGCCGGCAUCCUAGGCGUCCUGCGCCGGCUGUCAUCCUCGGGCGGGAGUGGGCUCGCGAACGUGAAGCUUGGCAACGGGCUCGUCGACCGCGUCACCCUGAACAUCGACCGGUUCCGAGAAAGGUGUCCCAUCUCGGAGCUUAAGGAUGCAAAGCUACGGCGCGUGUCAUUUUGCGUCGAUGUGGAGAUUGCGCCGCUGCCAAAGUAUUCUGACGCCGAGGUCUCGCAGAAGCCGUCUGAAAAGGCUGCAAGGAAGAAAGGUGGCGAAAAGGGCGAGGGCGAGGCGCUGAAGGCUGUCGAGGCUAAGGCUGCUGAGGCAAAGGCGGCCGAAACCAAGUCUGUCGAAAGCAAAUCUGCCGAAACAAAGUCUGUCGAAACAAAGUCUGCCGAAUCCAAGUCUGCCGAAACAAAGUCUGCCGAAUCCAAGUCUGCCGAAUCCAAGUCUGCCGAAUCCAAGUCUGCCGAAUCCAAGGCUGUCGAAUUCAAGUCUGCCGAAUCCAAGUCUGCCGACACCAAAUCUGCCGAGGCGAGACGGGAUGAUGCCGAGAGCCAAGGCAAGCCGGCGGUCGAAGCACCGACACCAGCUCCGAGCGGUGCUCAAGGAAACGUCUUGAAGCCCCCAGCGGCUACGGACUCGACCAAGAAAAAGGACAAGAAGAAGAAGAGUGAGGAGGAGCGCAAAGCUAGGAAAGAGAGGCGUCGCCGACUCGCGGAAGACAACGGCUCUCUGCCCAUGGAGAUAUGUUAUCAGAGCGAUGACUCAUCCUCACCGAACAUGAGCGGCACCGGCACGCCGAUGACGACAACGGCUCCGGCACCGACCACGGCCACGGCAACGGCAACGGCUGCUGCGACGGCGACGCACCCGACGACAAACCCUGCCCGGAUAUACCGACGAUGCUGCCAGCUACGCGAGACGCCGAUCCUGAAAAAGGUUACCGAGCAGCUCACGGACAGCGCCAAUGCCUGCCCCACGACGGGCAUGGUGAACAAGCUGGACCUUACGGACUGUUGGCUCCAGCUGCCGGAUCUGAUCACUCUGGGAGACUACCUCGCCGUCGUUCCCGUGAGGGAGAUUGUGCUCGAGAACAGCGGCCUGAGCGACGAGGGUUUGCGAGUCAUCCUCGCAGGCCUCUUGGCCGCCAAGCAGCAUCCGAGCUCGAGGCGUAGGAAGCCCAAGCACGAGCUCGUCGGGCAGGGUGGCGUGGUGGAGCGCGUGGUGCUCAAGAACAACAAGCUCGGGCCAGACGGCUGGAAGCACAUCUCGCUGUUCAUCUAUCUGUGCCGAUCGUUGAAGUAUCUCGACCUCUCCAACAUCGCCUUCCCGAAGCAGCCUCCAAGCAACGGCCGGCGCACGCUCCCCAACGGCAAGCAGAUGCCGCGCAGCAUAUCCGACAUCUUCUCCACCGCCAUCGCCGAUCGACUCGGAGGCGCGGCCUUGGAGAUGCUGAACAUUGGCGAGACGGAGCCCAGCGUGGACCAGCUGAGGGCCAUCGUCGAUGGCGUCAUCAAGUGCGGCAUUCGCAGGCUUGGGCUCGCCCACAAUUGCCUCGACGAGGCUGGCGUCGAGAUGGCGGCCAAGUAUCUCGCCGCCGGGAAAUGCGAGGGGCUUGACCUCGGAGGGAACGAUUUGCGGCAUCACAUGGAGAAGCUGGCGGGCGCCGUGGAAGCGCACGACACCCUGUGGGCCUUGAGCCUGGCGGGCUGCAACCUGAGCCCCUCGUCGCUGUGCAAGGUGAUGCCCCAGCUGGCGAAGCUGAGCAACUUUCGCUUCAUCGACCUGUCGCACAACCGAGAUCUGUUCCGGGCGACGCCGAGCGCCGUCGGCCUGCUGCGGAGGUACCUACCCAAGAUGGGGUCUCUGAGGCGCAUCCACCUGCAGGACGUCGACAUGAGCUCGGAGCAGGCCAUCGCCAUCGUCGAGGUGCUGCCGGAGGUGCCGACGCUCGCGCACAUCAACCUUCUCGGAAACGCAGAGAUGGUCAAGCUCGCGCGGGCCAAGACGGAGGAGGCGCAGGAGGAGGCGUGCGCGCUGUACGCGUCGCUCCUGGCGGCGGCGAGAAUCUCGAGGAGCCUGAUAUGCGUCGACAUGGAGCCGCCCGGGGACGAGGCGGGCGAGAUCGUCAAGGCCAUGGCCAAGCAGGUGGUGGCCUACUGCCUGCGCAACAUGGAGCGGAUCCCCGACGCCGCCAUAGGCACGGGCACGGCGGGGGGCACGGCGGGGGCGACGGCCAUGUCGGGGACGCAGCCUCCGUACCCCGACGUGCUCGCGCACAUCGUGGGCCACGACGUCAUGGACGACAGGGAACUUCCCGAGGACAACGAGUCGGCGCCGGACGAGGACUACGUCAUCGGCGGCACGGGCGUCGUCAAGGCGCUGACGUGCUGCCUCGAGAACCGGGGCGACGAGUCGGGCAUGCAGCCGGGCGAGUUUGGCCGGGACGAUGCCGCCGCCGCCGCCGCCGCCGCCGACGAGGGCUCGACGACGGUCGGCCGGCGGACGCUGGCGCCGGGUGGCAAGGCCAAGGACAUGUCGAAGCACCUGCUGGCGGGCGCGCGCAAGAUUCGCAUCCGCAUCCAGCCGGCGCUGUGCAAGGCGCGGGCGAACCCGGGCGACGAGCAGAACCUGCGGAAGCUCACGUUCCUCGACGAGACGCUGCAGGGCAUCAUCAAGCGCUUCGAGGACGAGUUUCCGGACACGCGCGAGCCGGCGCUCGGCUCGGCCUCGGGCCUGGCGGCGGCGGCGGCGGCGGCGGCGGCGGCGGCUCCCAGCUCGGCGGCGGCGUCGACGCUGCCGACGACGACGGCCGACGACUCGGCCAUGGCGGCGUCGGACGCCGAGGACGAGUCGUCGAUCCAUCCGCCCAAGCCGCUGUCGCGGUCCAACUCGAUGGCCAAGGUGCUGGCCGAGGAGGAAGGGCGGGUGCACCGCGUCGGCCACCGGUUCCGGUCCGGCUUCGUGCGGCAGGAGCACCUCGAGCUGCUCAGCUCCAUCGACGACAUCGGCGCGGACCCGAAUCACGCGCACGUGCUGGAGGAGCUGGCCGAGGACCUCGGCGGCGAGCUGCUCGUCAAGGUCAGGGAGAAGGGGGUCGUGCGGGCCUUUAAGGAGGACAAGGAGAUGCUGUACCGGACGAUGCGGGAGAGCGACCCGGAGCACUGGGACAGCUUCGUCGAGGCGCAGCAGAAGGCGCGGGCCAACAUGAACGUCGCGUCGGAGAAGAGCGUCGACGCGGCCCAGCCAGGGGACGAGAGCGCCAUCGCCGACGGAGACUGGGCCGGCGCCGGCUGCUGCAGGGCGACGGCCGACGGGGCCGACGAAGGAGAGGGGCGUCCCGCAUGA